AAUGUCGUGGAUAUUUUCUUUCAAUCGCCACAACUUGCAGCUGCCACAGGCGCACGAAUACAACAAUGGGGGACAGCAGUCGUGGCGGUGGUUAUGGCCGUGGUUAUGGUGGACGUGGUGGGUUUCGGCCGCCGUUUGGUGGGGCGAUGCCGCCACCUCCCUGGGCACAACCGCCUUCCAUGGGUAUGGGCAGGGGAAUUGGGCCACCACUCAUCUCAGCGGCGCCGCCGCAGCCACGAUUCGGCGGCUAUGGCGGCGGUGGUCGAGGUCGAGGUCGAGGGCGCAGAGGGCGUGGUGGUAAUGGUGGCGGUGGACGCGGUCGAGGACAGAACAGACGACCGCGUCAUCGAGACGACGAGGAGCCGCAGAGCUACUUUCACAUGGCCAUGAGCAUGGAUCCGUGGCUGGCGUUGUUAACAGAGGAGGAGCGACAGCACAUCCCGUCAACCACUGUCAUACCCCAGCAGCGCCAGCAGCCGCCGCCGUCGGCACCAGCACCUAUCUCUCAGCCACAACACACCCCUGUCACCACCACACAGUCCAACCCAGCAACAAGCCAUGAAUAGUCAAGAGGAGUGGUGUGCAUAUGUGUGUGCGUGUGUACGUGUGCGUGUGUGUGUGUAAGCUACGUGCAUUUGCGUUCGUGUGCACGGUGUGUGUGUGUGUGUGUAUGUGAACAUGUGCUUCGUAUCCGACUGUGAUCUCCUUCUGUCCCUUGUGCUUUGUUUUCUUCCCAAUAUAUCGAACUCACAGGCA